AUGUCCUUAUCACCAAUAGAUACCGUUGGUGUGGAAGAAGGGCUUCCCUACUUAAAGCCACGAGUUGCCUUGUCGUCCGUUUCCCCUGCGGAUGCUUCGACACAAAACAUUGUCGCACAUCAACAUAGGCGAGGCCCCCUCCCCUCAGCUCACAACGAUGCCAGGACGACGCCACACCCAGGGACCCGAUAG